AUGCCUUCUCUUUCGUCAUACACCCCCUUCGAGUCCCUGCUCUUCUUCCAGUCUCUGGCGACGCUGAAGUGUCGUCCGGAUAGCUUUGUGCCAGUCUCAGAGCUCCUACGGAACAAUCCCUUUAUCCAGCAGGAUGUCAAGUACGACGCGAACCGACUGAGCCCGCAGGCCCUCGAGGAGCUGUACACCACCCUCCUCGUCGACGGCGUCCGGUCUUCAGACGACGAGGCUUCGGACCACAGUCACAGUGCGCAGGAUGCGGCCAAUCUGAAGAAGAGGAAACAUGCCCAGGCCGCACAGGAUGGAACGGCCAGGUCACACUCCGCGGCCAUGCCGGACCUGGUCGAUAAGCUCUACGCUAGGUACAAGGCACGCGUGACGAGGGAGAUACGGCGAGAGGAACAGCGGUACGCUGAGAUCAAGGACGAGAUACGGCGGCUAGAGGCUGGAGAGGACCUGCAGAAACAGCCUGUCACUGCUGAUGGUUCGAACGUUGCACCCAGCACAAGUGUUGGUGCUCCCCCGGCUACUACUGCUACUCCACCACCGAAGCCGGAGGCUGCGCGGGAAAAGGUGGUCGGCAGGAUCCCACAAGAAGCAGUGCAGACACCUGCUCAGACACCCACUACUGCAGGCUCACCGCAAGGAGCAUCUCCACCUGUCAGCACCCCAGGGCCCAAUAUAUACCCCAAUAUCCAGCCAUUUCCCCCACCUGCUCAUCCGACGUCAACCUCAGCCGCAUCACAGCCCGCAUAUCAAAAUGUAGCCCCGCCUAUACCUCUUAACAGAGCAGCCCAACAACCUCCACCUCCACCACCGCCACCACCGAAUACAACUUGGAAUAGAACGCCCCAGAUACCAUCUAAAACAGUCCCUCAAACCGUCAAGUUUCAGCCUCUUUUAACUCCCCAAACAAUUCCCCAGUCUUCUUACGGCCACGGAUCUGCUCGCUCUACCCCGAAACCAAGCAACCAGGCUCGUAACAAGGCAACACCCGCACCUAAACCCCUUGCUCCUAGCAUCGAUAAACCUAGCAUUCCUCUUACCCAGAAUCCCCCACUUUCAGCACCACUGGCAAUAGCUCCGCCCCUGGCUGGUGGGGUCAGCACCCUUACUCCUCUACCGACAACCACACAACCUACUGUUACUCCAGAUGCUGCGGCCCUUGAAAAACUCAGGACUCAGCUCCCGUCUUUUGCGCACUCAAUAGGCAAGAGACCACCACGGCCUUCGUUAGUCACCCCGAGUGGUAAUACACCAUGGAAGAUACCUGGUCCUAUAUCUCUACCUAACGAGCCCGGUUCUCCUGAACGACCAAAAUCUGCCGAUAUUAGCCCUAUUAGUGAGCGAGCUCUGUCACCCUCAGGACAAGAAGAUGUAGAACAGUGGACGGAACAGGGGUCGCGUCGUAAACUGGACCUUGGUGGCGCAGCUCCUCGUGAAAGCCCCAAGCAUGCGGGGGAUGCUUCUUCGCCCAGCAAUCCACCUUCGGGGCGUCCUCGAACACGCGGUCAGUCCAUUGCUUCGCGCGGAGAGGAUACCCGUCAUAUCAAAAACGAGCUUCCAAGCACUCCUGGAGGUAUCACCGGAGAUGACAUGGAUAGUGGUCACUAUCGUGCAAAGCGGAAAAGGAGUCCCAGUGGGUCUUUCUCCCUAGCUCACGAGCAACAGCCGUCAGAUUGGCUGAAAGACAGCCAAUACGUGAUGUGCUCACGGACAUUUGGCCGUACCUGCGGGCCGAUAAUGAACGACGUAGCUGCUCAUAAGUAUGCGUCCAUAUUUGCCAAGCCAUUGACGAACCGCGAUGCGCCCGGGUACAAGGAUCUCAUAUACCGCCCUCAGGAUAUAAAAUCCAUCAAGUCUGCCAUACAUCAAGGCAGUCGUGCCGUUGCUGCAGCUUCAGAGGCUUCCCAGAUAACGGAGGAAACUCCACCAUCGACAACAGCAAGCGCAUCAGCCUCAGCAGCGGCAGCGGCAGCAGCAGCUUCAGGAGCGGGCCCAUCAGCAAAGAGUAACGUACUGCUAGCUACCAAGUCAGCAGAAUUAAUGCCGCCGAAGGGAAUAGUAAAUUCCUCGCAGCUAGAAAAGGAAUUGAUCCGCAUGUUCGCAAACGCAAUCAUGUUCAAUCCUACACCAGAUCAUACUUUUGGCCCAGCCUUUCCCAUGCGAACUGACUUUUCUUCUCGCGAAGGGACGCGAAGCGCAGAACCCGAUGAGGGAGGCAUCAUCAAUGACACGCUGGAGAUGUACGAGGAUGUCGAAAAGGCAAUUUCCACCUGGCGCUCUGCUGAACGCCCCAUGGAUGAUGCGGGUGGGAAAGCCUUUCUAGCUUUGAAGAGAGGGACACCAGUGGAUUCUAACGAUGCAGAUGAUUGA